AUGGGUUACGACGAGGAGCUCGGGGGGGGCGGGGGAGCGGCGGGAGCGGCGGGGUCGGGGUCGAUAUUAAUGUCGGACGUGGGAUCUCCCACAGCAGCCAAGGCGAAACUGAAAGAGCCCUCAGCGGCAGACCUAAUGAAGGCGCAGCGGAAGGCGGAGGCCAGCGCGGGGAAGGGCGCGGGCGCGCGGCGACGAGGCUGCGGGUGGUGCGACGUGGCCGCGUGGACGGGCCUCGUGGUGUCGCUGGCGCUCGUGGGGUUCGGCCUGGCGAUUCUCAUCCUCGCCCUCACCUUCAACACCGAGGACCCGAAGUUUGAAAUCCUCAAGGUGGAUCUGAAGCAGCUGAACUUUGGGACUUCCGGGAACCUUCUGUUUGAUUUCAACAACUUCAAAGUCAAGGCGAACGGCAAGGCGGAUGUCAAGGCGCUGGUGGUUAACCCUAACAACCACGAAGUGAUCGUGGAGGCACUAAAUGUCAACCUGAAGCUGUUCAACGUUGAUAUCGCCAACACUUCGAUCCCCGGAUUCGAGCUCUCAAAGAAGGGAAACAUAACACUGAGCAUCCCAUUUCCCAUCAAGAAUCUUCCGCUCAUUGCUACCGGUAACAAGGACAACCUCAUUACUACAUCGCUCCGCAAGGGACAAGUGGAUGUGAAGCUCAAUAUAAACUCUAGAGGCAAGGUGAAGAUUCUGGGAAUGGCAACACCAUCUUAUAAUCUCCUCAUCGCGUGCAAUAUCACGACGAUGGGAGUGAACGACUUCCUCCCAGUUAGAACCAACUCAGCACGCGUGGAUCAGGAGGAGAAAUACACUGACAUAACUGACGACCUUGAAGAGCCUUACAAGAACAUGGAGGACGCAGCCGGUUUUGACGCGUAUGAAAUGGAGCAGGCAAAGCUGCAGCAUCAUAAGCAGCAGAAGCGCAGUUGUUGCACGUGGCAAAACAUCGCCGUAACGUGCGGACUCCUCCUCUCCCUGCUUAUGACCGGCGUGGGAAUCGCCAUACUCGUUGUUGCGUGCACCUAUAAGCCUGAGCCUCCCGUGAUCCAGAUUGAGAAGGUCGACAUUGUACGGCUAAAUUUCAACGGCACUGGCACCAACAGUGACCUAACCACGAGCCUUGGCGGGCUGGGAGCUACUAUCGGGGAUGCCCUGGGGAGGCCCUUAGGGGGAGCGCUGGAGAAUCUUGGGAACGAUUUGGGGAGCCUGCUGGCCGACCCGAACAAUUUCACCCUCAAUAUGAACGCACUCAUUAAUGUUACAGCGAAUGUGUUAAAUCCGAACAAAUAUGACAUUGAAGUGAAGUACCUGGACCUGUUCAUCUCACUCUUCAACAUAAGCGUCUCCAAUGUCUCGUUGGGCGAGUUCAGGUCACCCAGCAACCAGAACAUCACCAUGACACUCCCUUUGAAAAUUGUCAACGUGCCGCUGGUGUCUCUUGGAAAGGAUAGUGUCAUUGGCAACUCCCUCAUGGCUCAGAAGCUCAAGAUGAAGAUCUUAGGAGUUGCCGAAGGCAAAGCCCAGGUUUGGGCCUUCUCCUCACCAACCUACAAGGUUGGAGUAGUCUGCAAUGCUACGGUGAGCCCUGCUGCAGGCAAGAAUUCGGUCACAAGGGACUGUGUUAGCAAGGCAAAAAAAGUAUGA